UGUAUUCGAUUCAGCCAAGGUUCUCUGCACCUUCUGCACCCAUCCACGGUGCGCUGCACCUAAACCCUCGAUUCUCCGAGGUACAGCGGCGCCCCCUGAACUCUCGUCCUCGAUUGCGCGGGGUGCGAGGUUAGGUGUCGCCGCGGUGCAGCGCACCUUUGAACCUUGCUGCGACGAGGUGCAGCCGCACGAACGAUCCAUCGAAGCGCCAUCGCAGACGCGUGCAGACGACACCAUGGCGAUGUUUGUGGAUAUCGACGGCGUUCGCACGCAAUUGUUCCCGAUCGUAGAUGAACUUGGCGUGAUAGUCAAUGACGGAGACGCCGAGCUGUACACUACAGCAGGUAAAUUUGCCAUUAUGCUCUGUAAACGUAAUAGCAUGGUUUGUAUGAAGUGGCGACAUUUAUUCCAUUGUUCUUGCAGAUGGAAGACGGGUGCGUGUACUCUGCACACCUAGCGGUUUUGCCGCCGAUUGUUCGGACAAGGAGCUGCAGAACAGCCAUACAAAUACGGAGCUGCCGAAAGCCGCUACUUCGCGAUGCGGAGACGCCACGCAACGACCACUGAAGCUGCUGCCGCAGCUGCCGUGCCGUGUGCAGCCAUGCCGUCUCCGCAUCGCGAUUCUGAAGAAGCUUUGUGGAGUGGCCGGAGAACUAAGUUUCUCAUUGAAUGCUAUAAAGAGCAUUUCGGCCGCAUCGGGCAAAAGGGGGGACUAAGGAACAAAAAGCAGCUGAUGCUGUUUAUAACAGAUGCAUUAAACGAAGAAUUCGGAUGCACCAUAACGGUGAUUCAAGUCACCAACAAGUGGAAAUCGCUGGAGAGGGCGUAUAAAAAAGUUCGGAUUAAUAAUAACAAGUCUGGAAGCGGAGCUGCCGAGUGCAGUUUUGAGGGAGACCUGCAGGACUUUAUGGAAAAACAGCACCACAUAAGUCCAGUAGUGACAUAUGCACAGGGGUGCAAAAUUGUGCCAGACAGCAGGGAGAGGUGAGCAUGGUUAUAUAAAAGUG